AUGUCUGUGGGUUCGUGCCAACUCCAUCCCCUUUCAUUCUUCCUUCUCUCCUUCUUCCUUCCUCACCAUGACACAUCAUCUGCACCUUCUUCGCAACAACAACUCCUAAUUCAUCCAUCUCCACUCCCCAAAACACCACACAAACAAUUCGUCAAGACAAAGAACAUGUCUCACAGAUUCAAGAGCACCGCCUUCCGCAGGCUCCGCAAGAUGACGCCUAAUAGCCCCACCGUCAUCCAGAAGCUCCGCAAGGACGCCGCCGCGUACGCUAUCGCCAAGACCACUGACGACAAGGCCGCUGAGUUCCUCGCUCAGCGCAAAGCCACAAGCGACGAGACUACCAACAAGAAGCAGGCGUUCCUCAUGAAUGAGAAGAUCAGAUGCGCCAAGGAAGCCGAGAGUAUAAGGCGCGAGCUGAUGUUGAGGGAGAAGAAGAGAGUGGCUAUGAAGAAGGCCUGCGAGGAACGCGUCAACCUCUAUCAUGCAGGAAACAUCGGUGCUCCUGCGCCUGGAGCUUCGACUUCGGCUUCUGCUCGUGGAGCUUCAACUUCGGCUUCUGCUUCUAAAGCUUCGGCUUCGGCUUCUGCUCGUGGAGCUUCUGGAGCUUCGAAAGUUACUCCGGCUUCUCGCAAGGCUAUGCUGCUCGGCAGAGAGGAUAAGUUGCUUCUUUCCCAGAUGAAGCCGAAGCAUAGGGGCUUUGUUAUGAGGCGUGAUCGUAAUUAA